AUGGGUUCUCACUCGGACCUUCGGUACAUCCCCCUCUCAUACAACCCCGCAGACUCUCAAGCCUCUGCUUUGCGACUCAUCUUGACAAUCAACCCUGAUUGGGAUGGCCCUAAUAACAAGAUCGAGUUCGUGCGCUUCACCGACGGCAUCACCAACACGCUACUGAAAAUUAUCAACCGCAAGGCUGGUUUGACAGACGAGGAAAUAGACAAUGAUGCUGUACUGAUGCGCGCGUACGGAAAUGGCACUGAGAUCCUCAUAGACCGAGAAAGAGAAACUACGUCUCACGCCCUUCUUGCCAGUCGCGGCCUUGCGCCUCCUCUUCUCGCACGUUUCAAUAACGGCCUACUGUACCGAUUUAUUCGUGGCAAGCCCUGCAGUCAUCAGGACCUGGUUACACCGCCGAUUUUCCGAGGUGUUGCUCGUCAGUUGGGUCGCUGGCAUGCAGUUCUCCCCGCCAAUGCGACUAGCCCUGCUCCUGCUGAUGAGGCCACUUCUGUAGCCAACUCCAUUACCCUUACCGAAAAACAAGAUCCGGAGUUCACGCUCAUCCAGCCGCGUCGUGAUGGUUCUAUGUGGUCUGUGCUCCAGAAAUGGGUUCUCGCUUUGCCCGCAUCCACCCCAGAGCAGCAAGCUCGACGACUCAGCCUGCAGAAGGAACUUCAAUGGGUUGUGGGACAGCUCGACGAUGGAAAGGGUAUUGGCGAAGACGGCCUUGUUUUCUCACACUGCGACUUGCUUUGCGCCAAUGUUAUUGUCCUACCCAUGAACGACAGCGAGCCUUCCGAAGAGGGUAUCACCGCAGUGAACUUCAUUGACUACGAGUAUGCCGUCCCCGCACCUGCUGCCUUUGACAUUGCCAACCACCUGGCUGAGUGGAUCGGCUACGACUGCGAUUACAACAUGAUCCCCACGCAAUCAGUCCGCCGCGAGUUCCUGACCGAAUAUGUCAAGAGCUAUUGCCAAUACCGCGGUCUAGAUGCUUCCUCCGAAUCCGACAUCGUCAGCAGAUUGUAUGGGGAUGUUGACCGAUUCCGUGGUAUCCCCGGAUUGUACUGGGGUGUUUGGGCUCUUAUCCAAGCACAGAUUUCUCAAAUCGACUUCGACUAUGCCAACUACGCCGAACUCCGCCUGGGCGAGUACUGGGCCUGGAAGCGUGAGGUCGACGGCAGUCGGCAAAAGUCUGGCGAGGAAAUUCCCCUCCGCGAGCAGCGCUGGCAGCUGGCAUAG